CGAAAUCUACUCUUCAUUUUACGUUUCAAAGUUACAUUUUUAGAUAUAGGUAUAAUUUUUGUUCCAUCAAAAUUAAAAUAAAAAGCUGAAGUAUGUUCCAAUGUUCGUUUAAAAUAUUUUUUUUAUCUGAAAGUCUGGCAAAUGAUUAGGAAUUAUUUGAGAAAAAAAUGUUUCACUUAAUUAUUUUGCAAAUAAGUAGAUAUCGGAUUAAAGGUACAAAGACAUUUAGAAGUAGAUAAUGUUGCUGAAAUUUAUAUAUGUAUUUGAAGAUGGAUAAUUUUGUAGGAUUUGAUGACUUAGAUGAAAGACCAAAAGACAGCAUAGUAAGUAGUUUCAGCUUUUUUGUCAUAGGUUUCGGCCAUUAAUCUCAACGAUCUGUUUUAUAGUCCAGGAAAGACCCAAAAAAACUUUGUCCAGAGCAAAAACAAUUUUUAAAUAUAAGCUUCGAUAUUAGACGAAAUGAAGAUCUUAAAUUAGUAGUACUUGAAACAGCACUUGUGAAAAGCACAAUAAUUUAUACGGUUAACAUAUUAAACACUUUUAAUAUGUAAACCAUGUUACAACUCGUGUGAGUUUUACGAUCCACCUACUUGAGAUCCACAUAAUUAUGCAAAAAAAUCCAUGUAAUAAUUGGGUGGUCUCCCAAGGAUGCGUUCUGGGACCACUCCUUUCAUUAUUUCUAUUAACGAUAUCGUUGAGCUUAUGGCCUAAACUUAUGAAAAACAAACUAUCGAAUCAUACUAACUGAAUACCGCAAAAAAUCAUUUCACAUAGACACGCAGGAUGUUCUCGGCGAGCGAUCUAAACGAUUCUUUUUUAGUCAAUGAAUCUGACAACGUACGAUUUGACGGUGGACAUGUUGGACGUUCACGCAGAUAGAAAUACGUUCCAUCGUUUUGAUAAGUUCAACGCAAAGUACAAUCCGAUUGGCGAGAGCAGACUGAGAGAGGUGUUUCUGAAAACGGACAACUAUUGCAAUGGAAAGUACUUUGCUAAUAUUAUCAAGGAAGUUGCUAGUGAUUUGGAGGAGUCCAAGUACCAGAACGCAGAGCUUAGGUUGAGCAUUUAUGGCAAAAGCAGGGACGAAUGGGAUAAACUAGCAAAAUGGGCUCUCCAGUCCAAUGUAUAUUCUGAUAACGUCCGUUGGUUGGUUCAGAUUCCAAGAUUAUUCGAUAUCUUCAAGUUAAACAAAGUCCUCGACAACUUCCAGGAAGUGAUAGACAACAUAUUCCUUCCACUGUUUGAAGUCACAGCCAAACCUUCAACACACCCCGACCUCUACAAGUUCCUCCAAUACGUGAUAGGUUUCGACUCUGUCGACGACGAAAGCAAACCUGAGAGAAACCCCUUAUUUGACAAAGACACACCUACUCCAGAACAAUGGAACGAUACUGAGAACCCCAACUAUGCGUAUUAUCAGUAUUACAUUUACGCCAACCUUGCUGUUUUGAAUCACUUUAGGAACGAGAAAGGGUUGAAUCCUUUCGUAUUGAGACCACAUUGCGGUGAAGCUGGUCCUGUACAGCACUUGGUGUGUGGAUAUAUGCUGUCUGAGAACAUCUCUCACGGGUUGUUGUUGAGGAAAGUGCCUGUAUUGCAGUACCUUUACUAUUUGGCUCAAAUAGGUAUCGCCAUGAGUCCCCUGUCAAACAACAGCUUGUUCUUGAACUACCAUAGAAACCCGCUUCCAGAGUACCUAGCCAGAGGACUGGUAGUAUCUCUCUCAACAGAUGACCCCCUACAGUUCCACUUCACCAAAGAACCGCUUAUGGAGGAGUAUUCAAUUGCAGCUCAAGUAUGGAAACUGUCUAGUUGUGAUAUGUGUGAACUAGCAAGGAACAGCGUCCUAAUGUCAGGAUUCCCGCACAAGACCAAGCAGUAUUGGUUGGGACCCAACUAUACCAAAGAAGGCGUAGCUGGUAACGAUAUAGCAAGGACCAACGUUCCUGAUAUCAGAGUAGCGUUCAGGUACGAGACGUUGAUAGACGAGCUGUCAAAUAUCUUCAAGAACCACUCGUUGAUGAUGCAGCACAACGAGUGACGUGGAAAGAUGUAAAAGAUAGUUACGUUAAGAAUAAAACUCUGACUCAGUAAUAAUUGUUUUGUUUGGAAGAUGGUGCUGUAUGUUGAGCAGUUAAAAGUGUCACAAGGCGGAUCUACUGUUAAACUCGUUAAACGAUUCAUCACGGCACAAAGGACGGCUUUUUAACAUUAACAAUUUCCAACCAGCAUAAAAAUCCUUCAGAAUUGUUACUUUUUUCAAAAAAUAGACCCACAAAUCAAAGCUAAUUCAUGGAAAUGUUUGGUUAAAAAUUCGGGGAAAAAUCUCCCAACGUGGCAAUCCUGUCAAAGCACCACUGGUACUCUAUGAGUCUAGUUUCGGGGUCGCUGAAUCCGAAUCAGUGGUCCAAAUAUCUCAAUUGGCUAUAGUUUCCGGGAUAUCUUAACCUAAAAUAUGAGUUCUAGAUCAGAGAGAUAAAUACAACAAAUACGUAUAGUGUUCAAAAUUAAUUGAAGUUUCCUGAUUUUUGAUAUUAUAUUGAAUGAGACAAGGUAGCUUUAUAUAAUAAUAGUUUUAUUCUAGUUCUGUUGGCUUUGUUGAUUUUAAGUUAUCAUAGUUAUCAUAAAAAUAUCACCGAAGCUUUUCCAUGAAAAAGUUUGUUAAGGUUUUAAAACUUUGCGGUUAGCUUCACGUCAAAAUAAAAAAAAUAAGCAACCUGUCAUGAUUGUCAGUAAUCAGUUCUGUUAAAUAACGACGGUUCACUUUACUGGUCAUGAGAGCUCUUGUCGUUCCAACCAUCUCUAUUUGGCAUCACUGUCAAACAUAACGGAAAUGUUAACGGUUGGUUAUUUCUGUUGCUCUAAAGACUCUCUAAUGACAAAGCUUCCUUAUUUUACUGGUUUAAUCAAGAAAUGCAGGGGUCUACCAAUUUUACACAGCAUAUUCCGCAUGACGGGUCGAAUUUAUAAUUGAUAACUAGAGGUAAGUACGGAUGCCUCACGUUGACAUUUCACAACCCAAGUCAAGUGACAUGGCAAAUACGACCUUCUCGUAAUAAGAAAUAAUAAAUAUUAUAACGAAGUAUCAAAAUAACAGCACUAAAAUCUCUAAUAACUAUGCAUUCGUCGUUAGAGUUAGAUGACUUUUGACAGACGCUGGUGGACAAGCAAACACAGUGUUGCCAGAUUUUAAACAUGAUUUUACGUCAAGGGUUGUUAACGAAAGUUUUGUACAGUUUGUAUUAUUCUCCUGUAAAAUGGAUCUUUUUUGACUUACGCACUGUAAGAACUUCACUAACGACUGGUUCAGAUAACUCAAAAAAUUAACAAUUUUUCCAAUUUUGUUGCUUUGGAAAAUUGCGAAAAUAUAAAAAGUUCCAAAAAUUUUAUUUAAUUUGGAAAAUUUGGAUUUUUUUUUUUAUUUUAAUAGUGAUAAAUUUGAUUAUUCUGAAAAUUUUGAGAAUUUGAAAUGUUGAAAAUUUUUAAAAUCUCAAUUUAGAAAAUACUGAAAUUUUGUAAAUGUUUAAUAUUUGUAAGUUGUCAAUUUUGAAAAAUUUGGCAAUCUUAUUUUUGAAAAUUUGAAUUUUGAAAAUUCUGGAAAUUGUGAAACAUAUUUUGAAAAUUUGAAAUUUCGAAAAUCCUAAAAAUUUUGAAAAUGUUCAAAAUUGUUAUUGAUUUUGAAAAUUUUCGAUAUUGUGAAAUUUUUAAGUAUUUUAAAAUUUAUAAAAUCUUACUAAUCUUGAAAAUUCUGAUUAUUUUGAAUAUUCGGUAGUUUUUUAAAUUUCGAAAAUUUUUGUUUUGAAAAUUCAGAUAAUCCUGAAAGUUUCCUGGAUUUUGAAAAUUGGGAAAAAUGUGAGAAUUCUGGAAUUCUGAAAUUCUCAAGAGAUGUCUUGAUCACUUUGGAACUGCAUAUUUUGAGAAUUUUGCCCAUUUAGAAAAUUGUAAAAUCUCGAAAAUUGUGACAAUCUUGAAAUUUUUGGAAAUUCUGGAAAUUUUGUCAGUUUUGGAAAUUGCAAUUUUUAAAAUUUUGGAAAUUUUGAUAAUUUUGGAUUUUUGAGUUAGAAUUAGGACUUUUGACAGACGCUGCUGGACAAGCAAACACAGUGUUGCCAGAUUUUAAACAUGAUUUUACGUCAAGGGUUGUUAACGAAAAUUUUGUACAGUUUGUAUUAUUCUCCUGUAAAAUGGAUCUUUUUUGACUUACGCACUGUAAGAACUUUACUAACGACUAGAUGACUAAAAAAAAUUAACAAUUUUUCCAAUUUUGUUGACACUUUUGACUUACUCGAUAGAUUGAAGAUGUAUCCAUUAUCAUAUCUGUUUGCUAGUAACUGUGGUAUAACCAAACAGACGUUUAACCUCCACCUUCUAUUUUUUUUGUCGACUAUCAAUGUGAUUAACAGAAGCCUUAAGUAAGCUAGACAACAUUGACACUUGUUGAGUCUUUCCGAAAUUUUAUAUAUUUUUAUAGUCGUUUUUUAUACGUUUCUAGGUUUUUUUCUCAAAUUUGGUUGUUU